AACUGCGUUGAUAAAUAAUAUCUCUAUAGCAUUACAUAAUAAUAGUAACCGUAAAGUUGAGAUUUAAUUUUAGUUUUAGUUUAGUUCACACUUCAUCGCCGGGCUUUCACAAUAUGGAGGUUACUUUCAAAGGAAAAACAGCUCUUGUCACAGGAGCCAGCCAAGGAAUCGGCAGAGAGCUUGUUAAACAAUUAGUUAAGUGCCAAGCAAAUGUCAUUGCCGUUGCAAGAAAUGCCGAUCAUUUAGCAUCACUCAAAAAAGAAAUACCCUCUAUAAGAAUCAUUCCUCUUGAUUUAUCAGACUGGAACGCCACUGAAAACGCUCUCACAAAUGUUGGACCGAUAGAUUUGCUUGUCAACAAUGCUGGUUUAGCAAUUUUGGGCCCUUUAACUGAGGUUAAGGAAGAUGACGUCGAUCGAUUGUUUGGUAUUAAUGUCAAAGCCAUAAUUCAUGUAUCGAAAAUUGUGGUCAAUAAUCUUUUAACCCGAAAAGCACCUGGAUCUAUUGUCAACAUCUCAUCUCAAGCUUCUCUUGUCGGCUUGAAUAACCACACCGUAUACUGUGCCUCAAAAGCAGCCGUGGAUGGGUUUACAAGAGCCGCUGCCCUGGAAUAUGGACGCAAUAACAUCAGAGUCAAUGCAGUUAAUCCCACAGUCAUUAUGACAGAUAUGGGCAGACUUGGCUGGUCAGAUCCGGCUGUUGCUAAGCCCAUGUUGGAGAAGAUACCGUUGAGGCGUUUUGGAGAAGUCCACGAAGUAGUCGACGCUGUUACUUACUUGUUGAGUGAUAAAGCUAGUAUGAUUACUGGUACAUGUCUACCCAUUGAUGGAGGUUAUGUUGCAUCGUAAAAACUUUGUUGAUUGACCCCAAAUGAAAGUACAAAGCCAUUUCUACUUUUUAUGUAUUAUAAUAAAAAUUUAGGAAUCUGCUUAUGUGAGAAGCAUUUCGAUCUGUAAGUGUUAAAUAAAUUAUUCGAAUCUA